AUGACUCUCCCUUCAAACGUCCAUGUCUCGUCCCACCCAUGCCUCCAGGCUAAGCUAUCCCAGCUCCGCUCACAAAGCACCAGUCCUCGCGAGACGAGAGAUCUAGUCCAUGAGAUAGCCUCCAUUCUAGGCGUCGAGGCCUUUGCCAAAGGCCUGAAGCUGAAAUCAACAGGCAAGCAGGACAAAACUCCCUUGGGCGUGGAAUACGAAACCCAAGGCAUCGACCCCGCGGACCUCGCUCUCGUCCCAAUCCUCCGCUCCGGCCUGGGAAUGGUCGAAGCUCUAAACUCCCUCCUCCCCACCGCCGUUCCCAUCUACCACCUAGGUCUCUUUCGCGACAAAAUGACCCUCCAACCAGUCGAAUACUACAACAACCUUCCCUUCCACCGAUCCGAUCUUUCACCCGCCUCCCCAGCCUCUCUAGAUCCAUCUAUAAACACCGCCGCCGCCUCGCUAGCCGUUCUGAUAGACCCCAUUAUCGCGACGGGGGCGACUGCCGAAGCGGCGAUCCAUCUGCUAAAGGACUGGGGGGUAAAAAAGGUGAUUAUGCUGAGUGUGCUUGUGUCGAAGGAUGGCGUGAAGCGUGCGGCGGCGGUGUGGGAGGAUGCUGUUGAGGUUUGGGUUGGGGGCGUAGACGAGUCGUGUAAUGAGAAGGGGAUGAUUGUUCCUGGGGUGGGGGAUAUUGGGGAUCGGUUGUUUGUUGCAGUUGGGAAAUAG